AUGAGCCGUCCUGCUCUCCACGAUGACCAAGACAGCGACUACAACAUAGUCCUCAAACCCAAACCUCGCCAUCCUUUCGAGCUGUCCUCUCCCCCGCCCUCGGCUCCAUCUACACCUCCCGCCGAGCAGACGGGCUUCCCUUCCUCAUACCUGAACACACCGGCACAGAGUCGGCCGGCUACUGCGAUGGAGGGCAGCACAACACCGAGCAAAUCUCGCAGCUUUCUCAAUCUGACGAGCUCUACUUUAUUCGGCAUCUACCAGCCCACCGGCUACGCACCCGAGCGAGAGGAACGCACUACCUCUGCACGGCAUGGCGAUGCCACACCAUGGACCGGCACGACUCCCUUUGGGACAGGUGCCCAGACGCCCGCUGAGCGAAGCCCAGUGAGCAGGGAGAGCUCGAUGGACUGGUCCCGAGCGAACAUACCCGACGCGGUGCUGCAGAAUGGGUCGAAGGGGACGCAAAUAAGACGGAAGAGCGCAGCGCCUCCUCAGCAAAGACCACAUCACAUGCCUAAGAGAGGAUUUAGAGGAUUGGUGCUGCCGGUUGUUGCGAGGACGGUCACAAUGUUCUCCAUUGGGGUGGGGUAUGCGUUGAUGAUCACACAUCUACACGACCACCGUGGUGUGGCACCCGUACGAGUGGACUUGAACCGUGGAGGCUGGACAUACCUCGCAAUGUGGGGACUAGCAGGUGUGCUGCUGGGCGAGGCAUUACCAUGGAUAGAUCAAUUCUGGGAGUCAGAAGGAGAGGACGACGACGCCCAAGCUGUGGACGACCGAGAACGGAAAGACAGAGGCCUGGAUGGCUGGAUGGACGUUGUACGGGCGAUUGGAGCUUUUGUCGGCAUCGCUUUCGCCAUCCGCAAACUACCGUGGCAAUCGACGUUACAGCUGUCGCUUACUCUGGCGCUCGCCAAUCCUGCGCUGUGGUAUUUGAUCGACCGCUCGCCACCUGGGUUCAUCCUAUCAUCAUCCUUCUCGAUUUUCGGCACAAUGGUGUUACUGGGCAUUAACCCUGCCUUGGUACCAUCGCCAUCACCGGCGCAGGUCUUGCGAGGCCUCGUUGCGCGCAGUGGGGAUGCUUUGAGCGCCAACAGCUCCGCAUCCACAGCCUCAGGAAGCGAAGAGCUCGUCCUCGGAGUCUUCAGUCCGGAAUCCGUGGGCAUUGCUACUUGGAUCGCGAGCGUGCUGUUCGUGAGCGCCGUAUGCUUUGGCAACAUUGGGCGUCGAUUAGCGGCACGAAAAGCAUAG